AUGGAUGAGCUCGCUGCACAGCAGCCUGAUGUGCCGCUCUGGGUUAGGAUUGGGAAGGCGCCGGCGAAACGAGAAGGCAACCCUAAUAGUAAAACUGCGCUGGAGAUAUCGAUGAGGGCUUACAUAUCGAAAAGGGAAGGGAAUGGUGUGAACCCUGCUGUUGGCACGGAAUUUGAUUCGCUCGAUGAGGCAUAUCAGUUUUACAAUCUGUACUCGUGGGAAGUUGGCUUCGGAAUAAGAUUUGCAAAAAGUAGAUUGAGUGUUAACAGACGAAAGUGUAUGCAAGAGAUUGUUUGUGGUUGUGCAAGUAAACCGCUUAGGGAGAACACUAGGUCAACGAGGUGCGGGUGCACUGCUAGGAUAAGGCUAUUGCGGUCAUCAGACAAUGGAUGGUAUAUCAGCGAGCACUGGGAUGCACACAACCACAACCUGUCGGCUACUUGUGGUGAUAAGAUGCAUUGGCAGUCUCACAGGCACAUUGACCGAUACACAAAAUAUCUAGUAAAACAGCUAAGAGAGAACAAUAUUAGUCUUGGGAAGGUGUUCAGUAUAGUUGGCAGCUUCUUUGGGUCUGUUGACAAUGUACCGUUUACAAAAAGAUCGCUCAAAACAUUGUGUUGCAAGCUGAACAAGGAACAGUCGGACUCAGAUGCAAGGAAGACUAUGGAUAUACUUGGUGAGAUGAAAGUGAACGAUCCAGAGUUCAAUUAUACCAUGCAAGUUGACGAGGAGAGCAGGAUCAAAUCAAUAAUGUGGUUGGCUAUAGAAGAAGUUAUGCGUGGGACGACGCAUAGAUGGUGUAAGUGGCACGUCCUAAAAAAGGCGAAAGAGUCGAUGGGUUUACUAUGGAGUAAGAAGAGUGAUUUCAAAUGUGAAUUCCACAAGAUGGUUCAUCAUAUGGUCAGCGAGAAGGAGUUCGAAGACAGAUGGGAUGCAAUGUUGGAAAGGUACUCACAAAUGCUUCUAAUGGGCUGCAAUAUCAUGCAAAGUGGCGUUUAUUUGAAGGUCAACCUCCCAAUUGAGAGGCACGCAAGCAAGAUUUACACAAGAGCAAUGUUCGAGCAAUUCGGUGAAUCUCUUUACAAGGCUGGGGCCUACGAAAUUGAUGUUGUUGAACCAAUGAAAUUAUAUCAUCUGACGCAUGUAGAUGCGUUGGCUCGUGAGAAAUGGAGCAAAGUUCAGUUUAAGGUUGAGGUAUCUGAUGACAAAUUAACAUUCGCAUGUGAGUGUGGGCAUUUCAAACACUUUGGCAUGGUUUGUUGUCAUGCGUUGAAGGUGAUGAUUGAGCUUAAGUUGGCAACGAUUCCUGAUAAAUACAUUAUGAAAAGGUGGACAAAAGAUGCUAGAGAUAUCCUGCCUGAACACCUUGCUCGUUACGAGAGAGACAAAGGGCCGCGGGGAUACGAGACUUAUCGCCAUAAUGCCAUGUACAUAAAGGCUUUCAAGUGUGUAAGGCUUGGUGAUAACAAUGUAAAAUUCUAUUAUGUCUUCAUGGCCAUGAUGAAGGAGGUGUACACAACUCUACUUCCUCUUAGUCAAGGCAAAGAUGGCAUGGGGCUUGAAGAGAGGGAGGCUGCACAAGGAAGGCCUGCAGCAAAUGGCACUUAUGCAUCAAUUGCUGAUGGUACAAACUUUAUGGGACAAUGUGAAACCAUGUCAAACUGCUCAGGUAUCGCGCUGGCCCCAUCUAAGCGUCCAGCAGGAAGACCAACUACAAGUCGAGAGAAGGCGUCGUAUGAACAUAAACAAAAGAGGUCUCGUUUUUGCAAGAUAUGUCGUGGUGAGGGACACAAGAGCACAACCUGUCCUGAUCGAGGCGAUUUGCCAAAACCACCAAGGAAAAUGCCCAGGUGCUCAAAGUGUGGUGUGCUUGGGCAUCUCAAGAAUUUAUGUGGCAAAACAACUGACCCGUUCGAGCCUAAUUUCCUCUAA